AUGUCCGUCUCGGAAGUGGAAGUUCGCCAGGCGCAGAAGGCUUGGUCGGAUGCCAUCGUGGGUAUCUCCAAGGUGUACCUUGAGAAGGGCGACUAUGUUACUGCCGCCGCCAAAGCCGCUGGUGAGCUCUACGGAUACGGGCAUUGUGAUGUUCUCUUCAAGCCGACGAAGGCAAAGGAUGUCCAGUUCCGGCCCAUGGCAUCCCAGGCCAUGUCCUACUUUGUCGGCUGCAAUGCUGUGAAGAAUGGAAUUGCGGAGGAUGGUGGUUUUGCCAUCAACGGCGGCAAGGGCUGGUCAAGCGUUGUUUUCGACAACCACCAGAUUGAUUUGAGUGGCAACGUUGCCAUCGCAAUGGGGAACUAUUACUUCACUAGUGCGGCUGACGGAAGCAAGACCAAAGUGGAGUACAC